GCAACGAGUGGCAACAAAAGGGAAGCGGGGGGGAGGAAGGGGUAGAGGCUCGGAAGGCUGAGCGAGGCUGCGCUCUUGUUGCUGCUGCUGCUCCCCCCGGCUGCAGGGUGGCUUUCUCCUCGAGCCCGGGUUCAAGCUGUUAUGAAAACACAAAUGAAAAGGAUGCUUCACAUACUGGGUGUUAAAUUAAAUUAGAAAGCCGAAAAUUCACUGCAAUUUAUUGUACCAUGGAAGAAAUACCAGUGAGAGUUGCAGUAAGAGUUAGACCUCUGCUUUGCAAAGAAAUACUUCAUAAUCACCAAGUAUGUGUGAGACUGGUUCCAAAUACCCAGCAAAUUAUCAUUGGGAAAGAUCGAAUUUUCACUUUUGAUUUUGUGUUUGGCAAAAAUUCAACUCAAGAUGAAGUUUAUACUACCUGUAUUAAGCCUCUAGUUGCAUCAUUGAUUGAGGGAUAUAACGCUACCGUUUUUGCCUACGGACAGACUGGAUCUGGGAAGACAUACACCAUUGGAGGAGGCCACAUUGCAUCAGUUGCGGAGGAUAAGAAAGGUAUCAUUCCACGUGCCAUCCAAGACCUAUUUCAAAGCAUUUCUGAAAAUAGCAGCAUUGAUUUUAACAUAAAAGUAUCUUACAUAGAAGUCUAUAAGGAAGACCUCCGAGAUCUGCUAGAAUUGGAAACAUCAAUUAAAGAUCUACACAUCAGAGAAGAUGAAAAAGGAAACACAGUGAUUGUUGGUGCCAAAGAAUGUUCAGUGGAGAAUGCAGAUGAAGUGAUAAGUCUUUUGGAAAUGGGUAAUGCAGCUCGUCAUACAGGUACUACGCAAAUGAAUGAGCACUCUAGUCGAUCUCAUGCUGUUUUCACAAUCAGCAUUAGCCAACAGGAUUUUCCACCAUGUCAGAAAAAUAUGGAAAUGGUUCAAGAUAUAUCUCAGCAAUCUACUCGACAAAUUGUUUCAAAAUUCCACUUUGUAGACUUGGCUGGAUCAGAAAGAGCAACUAAAACUGGUAAUACAGGUGAACGAUUCAAAGAAUCCAUUCAGAUCAACAGUGGGUUACUGGCUUUAGGAAAUGUAAUAAGUGCUCUUGGAGACCCACGCAAGAAGGGCACACAUAUCCCAUAUAGAGAUGCUAAGAUUACCAGAAUCUUAAAAGACUCUCUAGGAGGCAAUGCUAAGACUGUUAUGAUAACAUGUAUUAGCCCAUCAUCCUCAGAUUUUGAUGAAUCUUUAAAUUCUCUUAAGUAUGCUAACCGAGCACGGAAUAUUAGAAAUAAGCCUAUUGUAAAUUAUAAUCCUGACUGGGACAGGAUGGAUGAGAUGGAAUUUGAGAUAAAGUUGUUGCGAGAAGCUUUACAGAGUCAACAAGCCAGUGCCCUGAGCCAGGCUACUCAGCUAUCCCAGGAUGUGAACAGAGAUAAGAAUCGGAUCCAUUCUCUCGAAGAGCAAGUAGCCCAGCUACAAGGCGAGUGUUUUGGUUACCAGAAUUGUAUUGAGGAAGCCUUCACAUUCCUGGCUGACCUAAAAGAUGUUGUUAACUUAACACAAAGUCAGCAACAUAGGUUACAAGAAUGGUUCAACAUGACACAGGAGAUGAAGAAGGACAUUAAUAACCCAUUUAAAAGUAACCAAGGAAUUGGAAAUGUCCAAGAUGGACCACACCACAUUACAGUUCUCCAGCUGAAGAGGGAACUUAAGAAAUGCCAGUGUGCUCUAGCUGCUGAUGAAGUAGUGUUCAAUCAGAAGGAACUGGAGUUGAAGGAUUUACAGCAUCAAAUGCAAACAAUGACACAGGAAAACAAAGACCAUUUGGUAUCUUUGAAAGAGGCACAAAAAGUGAAUAGGUUACAGAAUGAUAAAAUAGUGGAACAGCAACUUCUAGUUAACCAACUAAAUGAAGAACUGAUGAAGCUUAACAUGUCCAUAGCCUCGGUAUCCAAGGGAACUUGUGGAGAUGGACCAGAUACCAAGAUAUCAGAAAAGAGGCCAUAUACUGUUCCACUUGAUAACAGUUUUGGACACUAUGUUUACAUCCCAACAUGGCCAGAUGCCCGAAAGGUCCACACAAGCCCUCCUAUGUAUUCACUUGAUCGAGUGGUAGCCGGAUUUCGAACCCGAAGUCAAAUGCUAUUGGGUCACAUAGAAGAACAAGAUGAAGUCCUUCAUUGCGAGUUUUCUGAUAACAGUGAUGAAGAAGAUACAGAAAAUCAAGAGAAACCUGGAUAUCGAGCACCUAGAAAUCUCAGGUGGAUUUGUUCUUCAACUUAUUUUAGAGCACCUAGAAAUCUCAGGUGGAUUCGAAAGCCGACCUCUAUUUGUUCCCUUCUGGAUCUGAGUGAUGUUCCGAAUCAAAAACAGCAGUCAGGUUUGCAGAAUGAAGGCUCACAACCUACAGAAAGUUUAUCAGGUAUAAAGGUUGAAAGUCUCCAGGAAAGUCAAGUAUUAAACAUGCAAAAAUUGAAGAAUUCAGAACUCAGACUCACAGAAGCUAAGCAAAAAAUGAGAGAACUUACAAUCAAUAUCAAGAUGAAGGAAGAACUCAUUAAAGAAUUAAUUAAAACAGGCAAUGAUGCCAAGGCUGUAAGUAAACAGUAUUCUCUGAGAGUAACAAAACUGGCACAUGAAGCAGAACAGGCCAAAGUGGAAUUAACUGAAACACAGAAACAGCUACAGGAACUGGAAAACAAGGAUCUGAGGGAUGUUGCUUUGAAGCUGAGAUUACAAAAGGAGUUCCGAAAAAAAAUGGAUGCAGCAAAACUAAAAGUGCAGGUCUUGCAAAAGAAGCAACAGGAUACCAAGAAGCUGGCAUCACUCUCUGCCCAAAAUGAGAAACAUGCCUCCGAACUUGAACAGAAUGUAGAUCAUAUGAAAUAUCAACAAGCACAGCUACAAAAGAGACUUAGGGAAGAAAAUGAAAAAAAGAAGCAACUCGAUGCAGAGAUUAAGCGGGAUCAACAAAAAAUCAAGGAGCUUCAGUUAAAGACAGAGCAACAAGAAAAAUUUCUUAAAAUGAAAUCCGAGGAGUUUGAUGCAUUUAGGAGAAGAAAGCAGAAGAUUCCAUUUGGAACUAUAGACCAGCUCCAGAAACUGGAUGAACAAAAGAAGUGGUUAGAUGAAGAAGUAGAAAGGGUUCUUCAUCAACAUCAAGAAUUAGCGGAGCUGGAAGAAGACUUAAAGCAAAGAGAGGCCAUUGUUUCCAAGAAGGAAGCAUUGUUACAAGAGAAGAGCCAUUUGGAAAACAAGAAGUUGAGAUCUAGUCAGGCUUUAAACAAAGAUAGUUUGAAAAUAUCAACUCGCCUGAACUUGUUGGAACAAGAGUUGGCCAAUAAAAGUGUGCAGCUCCAGAGCACUCCAGCUGAGGAGCAAAUAAAGAUUUCAGAAGAAGUCCAGGCUCUUCAGAAAGAAAAAGAUCAGCUACAAAGAAGAAGAAAUAGUGUCGAUGAAAAACUUAAAAAUGGUAGAGUGUUAUCCCCUGAAGAAGAACAUCUUCUUUUCCAGCUUGAAGAAGGGAUUGAAGCAUUGGAAGCUGCAAUUGAUUAUAAGAGUGAAAACAUCCAAGGUCGUCAGCACUCGAUUAGAGCCUCAUUCCAAAUCCUGACCCAGAGAGAGGGAAAUGUUAUGGAAAAACUGAUUUCCCUGACUCCUGCUGAAAUCAGAGCUAUUCUUUACAAAUAUUUCAACAAGGUGGUUAGUUUGCGAGAAGCUGAGCGUAAACUACAGUUACAAAAUGAAGAAAUUAAAAUGAAGGUUCAAGAGCAAGCCAGUAUGGUUCGUGAAUUGGAGUCUGCAGUAGAACGUCUCAAGCUGCAGAGUGACAGACAGUUAACUCUUCAACGGAAGGAACAUGAACAAAAGAUGCAGUUGCUCUUGCAAUAUUUCAAAGACCAAGAUGGAGAAUGUAUUGUGGAAAUUUCAAAGGUUUAUGAGGAUAAAGUUCAGCUGCUAGAAAAAGAUCUUUAUUUCUAUAAGAAAACCAGCAGAGAACUCAAGAAGAAGCUUAAGGAGUUAAUAGAAGAAGCAUCUCGACAGCAACCAACUGGAAAUAAUGAUGCUGGAAAUGGAAUCCUGAAUCAAGAGGAAGCAAGUAUCUUUCCAGAAGAACUGAAGUGGGCAUCCAGAACUGAAAAUAUUAUCAACCCCAUUGGAAAAGUAAAAGAAACAGAAAACCCAGCAAGUAGCUUAAGAACACAACCAAAUCCACAUAAAUUUUGGGAAGAUAUUUCUGAAGUAAUUCAAACAUCAGGCUCUUUGGCACAAAGUGGGCAUUUGUUAAGCAAUGAAGAUAAAACAGAAUCAGAUGAAAAUCAGUUAACAAAAUCUCACACUCAACUAUUAUCUCAACCUCAAACAAUUGUGAAUGUGACACAACUACAAGGGGUCACCCCUGUAAAAUUAUGCCGCCGAGAGUUACGUCAGAUUUCUGCUUCAGAACUGUCAUUACGACGCUCCAAUCUUGGAGUUGGGGUUGGGUCAAUGGUUGCUGAUUCAAUUGAAGUUUCCCGGAAAUCCAAUGAUUUAAAGACUUAGACAUUUUAUUUAAUAUAAUUAACACUUUAUAUUUUUUAAGAGAUGUCUAAAUGUCUUCCCUUUUUCUAGGCUACUAAUAUUUAUAAAACAAGUUAAUAAGCUCUAUCUAUAGGAGAAAGGGAAAAUACAUUUGAAUUCUUUUGCAUAUCUCUAUAUGGUUAGAAGUCCUGAAUUCACAUUUUCAUAGUAAUUUUACAAAGCACAGAGGUUUGGUUUUUUUCUUUUUUACAAACAUUUCCACUUAUUUAAAAUCUUUUCUUCAAGGAUAUUCUUUUUUUUUUUAAGAAACUAACCCUCUAAAAGGCAAGCCAAAAUAUAAUAUAAUUUUUUAAAAGCAUAAUAUAGUUUAAAAGGUGCUCAGAAAGUGUUUUAUUUAAAAUGACUAUUGUCUGAAAAGGAUAAAGCUAACUACUAUCUAUGACCUAGAAGCUUGCAUCCAAAUGCAAUCUGGCCAUUCUGUUUGCAAAACACCUGAAGUCACUUUUGACUAUAGAGGUGCUCCAAUCUUAAUUUAGACUUUAAUUAGUUUAAAGUUUUCUCAAGUUGUGUCAUCAUGCUCUUCAUGUUUUAACCAUGUCUUGUAUUCUUUUUUUUUAAACUGUUUUAUUGUCAUUUAUUUUGUUUAUACUAAAUGUGUUUCUUUCCUUGUAUCUCUUUGUGUAUUUCUUAUUUAUGCCAAUAGGGAUAGGAGAGAAAGACACAGAGAAGCAGUAAAAGAUGCAAAGAUGUAUUCCACGUAGCAAUAAGAUAAUAGGGAUAUACUACUUUGUAACAGUUGAAGGAAAAGAGUACUGGGGAGGACAUAGUUAAAUUAUUUAGAGCAAUCCUGCAAUUUGUCUUGUUAGCUAGCAAAAUACAAAUUUCAGGUCUUCCUCCCUAAUCCUCAAAUUAAGAUUUUUUUUUUCCUGAAUCCACACUCUUAUUUGUAAAUAGCAAGGUUAGAUUGACUUUGGGUACAGAUGUCCAUCUGGGCUGUAAUAUGUGAAAGAGUGGAAUUUCUGCUUAAUAUUGUUUUAUUAGAUUUAAAGAUUUUUUCAAGGAAUUUUAUAUAAUGUACACUUCAAGUUUAGAAUUACGAGCUAAACAUUGAUUUGCCAUCAUACAGACAGCACUUUCUCAAAGUUUUUUUUAUAUUAAAUCAUAGACCACAUCCCAGGAAAGUGAAUGUCAAAGGGGAGAAGUGCUUUUAAAUUAUUUGAUUUUAAUGAAUUUUCAGUGUACUGAAUAUUAGUCUCUAUACACAAAAUGUUGACUAGAGCAUAAUGAAUUUUAUUUUUAACUGAGACUGUUGUUAUAAUAGUACUAAGUAUAGUGAGAUUUGACCUGUACUUUCAUUUAAGAAUGAUGAACAAAACUUAUUUUUAGCACUUUCCUCUUAUCUUUGCAAUAUCAAUAUUCCUAUUUUUACUGCUUAAAAAAAAAGAUUCCAAGUUGUCAUCACUGAUAGUUUUGCAAGUUGGUUUUCUAUGUUUUACAUUCACACAAUUUAAAGAGGCACGUAUUUGUGGCAUGCUGUUUUGGUAAAACAAAAUAAGAGCAAAUUUAGUCAGUCAGUGCGUGGAGUUCUGCAUUAUUAUUACACUAGCCUUUUGCUGGGAAAGCACCCAGCAAUGUAUAAAUUUCACCUUAUUUACAGACAACACCUCCAACCCAAGACUCACCUGUUUCAAGAUGUUUUCUCAAAUGAAAAAUGACCUUUCUUUCCUUAUUACUACCAUCAUAGCCUUUGAGAGAACUGCCACUUCCUAGCUAUGGCUGUUACUGAUUAAUUUCUGUCUUCUCUUUUCCUUUCACUGCCUCUAAUUUAGUUCUGUUGUCACUCCCCAAAAUGUGAACUCCUUCCCUGUAGAAUAGGCCUUCAUGCAGCAAAAAGAAAGUCCUUGGGGGCAGGGGUGGGAGAGGAGGAAGUUGUUCUAGCUCUUCUGUCAAUAGGUACAGAAGAGGGGGAAAGGUAUCUUUGGUCAAAAUUGCCCCAAUUAGGAACUGUAAUUUGGGGUAAGUUCUCUAACAAUACAACUUGCUAAUAGCAUUAGCACAAUGCUACAUAUGUAGUUCAGAUAAGUUAUAGGUUUAGUAGUUAUUUCUUGGGGAUUUGCCUUGGAAUCUAAACACUGUAAUAUCAUUUUUAUGGGAAAAUGUGGUUGUAUAAAGUUUUCCAUAAACACCACACAAAUAAUGAAUCUUUGGAAGAAAGCCUGUUUGUAAAUUGGACUAAAUGAAUUCAGAUAUCCAAGAUUUUAAUUAUUCAUUCUCUUCUUUGAUGUCUAGCAAGGGACAUUUAAUACAACUAUUAAUCAAGACCUUUGCAAUGCAAUUGUGAAGGAUAAUUAUUUGUAAGAUUAAUAAGACCCUAUUCCUUAAUCAUAUAUUUAAGCAAAUUGUGGCUGGAUUGGUUAUUCAUAAAUAAGGGAUGUAUGAAAGUUGAGAACUCCCUGUACUCUUUUCCCCCUUCAUUUAGAGUUUAUAAGGAUAGAUCAAUGCCACUUUCAAAGUGAAAGGUUUUCACAGUAGUGCUGGAUUAGUAUUCUUUAUACUAAUAUAAGUACUUUAUAAUAUUCAUUAUUACUGAAUCUGUUGUUGUGAUAACUAAGAUAACAACUUGGUUUACUGUAAAACAAUGGUGAUAAUAAAUAUUAAGAACAUCCUAAAAAAUACUUUUCCCAGUUACUAUAUUAUAUUAAACUUAGUAUAUCCUUGAUAGAACUAAUUACAUAUAUAGACAUUCUCCUUGAAGAGAUGUCACUGAAAAGGUAAAUGUAGAAUAAAAUACUUUUAUUCCUUAAAAUUAGGAGACUAUUAAAAUGCAUCUCUUGUACAUAGACCCAUAUAAAUAUGAUUAACAUUUUUUAAAUUACCCCUGGGCAUUUUGAUGUGUUUAUGCCUACCAAUGUAUAAUAGAAAGAAUAAGGUACCUCCAAACAAGCCAAGUAAAAUUUCUUUUAUCUAUGAAAAUGGAACUCAACUUUAAAAAGUAUUUCUCCUUAGAGUUGAGUUGGGCCACUUUUUCUCAUAUGUGUAAAUUCAACUUAAUUUGACAAGCAUUUAAACUGUCUACUAAAAUGCCAGGCAGAUGCCAAGGAAAUAAAAAUGCAAAAGAAAUGGUUUUUAACCAUGGGGUACACGGAUAAAUACAAAAAGUAUACAAAAAAAACUAAUUCUGAUGAGGCAAAGGAAGCUCUAAGAACUGGGGCCUAACAAUAGGAAAGGUCUCUUGUAGGAAGUGACCUAGAGUCAAGACUUUGAAAGGGGCUCAUGAUUCCAAGAGUUGAGGGGAAAGGGGCAGGGUCCGAGGCAUGGGGGGAAGGAGAUGGGAUGUCAUGUAUGGCCAGUUUAUAUGGAAUGCAGAGCAUGUCAUGGGGAAUAAAAAAUUUGCAGGUGUUUGUGGUUGUAGGAUCCAAAAGUUCCUUCUAAGCUUUUGGCUCUAAGUAACAAGAGUAGAGAAGAAAAGGGAUUUGGUGCUGGAGAGUGCUAGAUUCUUUUCUGGUCCCUGUGUUCACUAGAUAAUGGAGAUAACCCCAGAAGAUGAUUAAAAUGUAGCAGCAGUAAGUAGUUAUCAUAUAUAAUAUGUCUUCUAGACUUCUCACAUUUUAAUUUUUUCAUCCCUACUUUGCAGUCUAGUAAUCUUAGGGUUCGAGAGUCAUCAAAGAUCUUUUAUCACCAAUGAAAUGGCAUCUUUGUACCCAAUGGCCAUCAUCCUUGCCUUGUCUACAUGAGGCCAAUAAACUGAUGUGAGAAGAGGGCUAUUAUAGAAGAAAAAGUAAAGACUAAACUAAGUUGUAGAAAAGGAAUUAGUGACCUCUUCUGAGAGACACUGAAAUUAGCAAUAAUAAACUUAUAUAACAUAUUAUGAGAAUAAGUUCAAACAAUGUUUGAAAUUAUUUAUAAACAGAUUUUAUCAGAUAUCCCUCAGUAAAAACAAUAAACUAUUUCACAACAAAGAAACUUGUAUAUACCAGCAUAUUAGAGUGUAAGAAGACUGGUUUUAGAAUCAAGAAGCCCUGAAUUAAAGAUCUUCUGAUGUACAGUAACUUUGUGAAAUCAUAAAUUGGGAUGAACUGUCUAUUUUUUGAGAUGAAUUGUCUAUAUUUCCUAUAGUAGAGAGUUUCUUUAUUAACUCUACAACUCUUCAUCCUCUACCAAAAAAAAAAUAUAUAUAUAUAUGUAUGUAUGUAUAUCCAUCUGUCCAUAGCUCCACCUCAGCUCACCCUUGGCCUCAGUCUCCCUUGCUUUAGACAACUAAGGAGGUUCUACCUGAGAAACACCAAAAACAGUCACUUUCACUUUAACAACAUUUAAUGAGAUCUGCCUUUUCUUCAGCGCUUCUCCUCACCCAUUCAUCCUGAUCAGCUCCAAUCCUGACCCUAUCCCAAAUCCUGUCCCAAUCCCUUGUGUAACCUGUAUAUUCAUAAACAUUCUCUUUUCCUUUCCUGAUCCUUCCCAUCAUCCCUUAUUCUUUAGGAGUAAGCCUACUUUUCAUUCUGCCCUCACUCCUCACUGACAUUCCUUUUUGACCUCCUCUGGUUGUUUGGCAACCCUUUUUCUCAUUUGAAGUCCAGGUCACCUGUCUGAUGACAUCCCCUCUUCUCCAUCCAUGCUGCUCUGUGGCCUCUGAACUCUAGGUCCUUUUCUCUUUACUCGAUGAAUUUCCACUCUGACUACAGUCUUCUCCAUCCCAUAAACCCUGCUGGCAGACUUCUUCUGUAUAUAUGCUGAAUACCACUCAAACAAGAUAACCAAACUCUUCCACGUACAUGAGCUUGAAUGCUGAAAUUCAUGUUUUAUAAUUUUCCCACAUCUCUUACUGCAUGACCCUUCUGAAAACUGCUAUUCUUCAGCACACCCUUGUCUAUAAAACCCUUCCUGUUCUCUUUUUUUCAGCUCUUGCCACACAUUCCUCCCUUCAUUGUCUUGUCCUUAGAUUUAGCCAAGUUCAAUAAGGCACUGUCCUAUGCCCUUGAAUUUGUCUUUAUGCCUUAUUCAUCCUCUAGGCUGGGUAUCAUCAUCUCUACUAUCCCUAUUCACAAGUGGCUAAACAUUUGGAAUAAAACUGUACAGAUGAACUACUACACACCUACAUAUUCCAACUUCAAAUAGAUCCUGACUGCCUCUCAGCAAAGCUUUUAUUAAUCUCUACUAGAUGCAUUAUCACAUUCCCUUCUGUGACAACAGAAUCUUGGAGUUGGAAGGAACCUCAGAGACAUUCUAAUACCACACAGACCUGAACAAGAUUUUUUUUCUACAACAUUCCUAACAAAGAUGCUACAACAACUGUUCCCAGUCUUUUCUAUUUGAUGGUACCAAAAAUGUCCCGUCGCUCAGGUUUAGGUUUUAUCUUUGGUUCUUCCCUUUUUCUCCUUAUUGCUAACCCAUUGCCAAGUCCCAUUAAUUCUAUAUCCAUGAUCCUAUUUACAUCUAUCUCCUCCUCUCCAUUCACAAAACUGCUCCUACUUCAGGGCCUUGUCAUCUUUUGCCUAUGUAAUAUGUAAUAUUACUACGUAAUAUUAUGUAAUGUUAAUUACAAUAAUUAAUACAUGUAAACUAUGUAAUAACCUUCAAACUGUUCUCCCUAUCUUUGGCCUUUGUCCUUCUAAUCCUGACAGCUGACCUUGUUUUUCUUUUGACUAAAAUGCUUCAGUUGUUCCCUAAUGCCCUUGGAAGAAAAUAACUCUUCAGUCCAAAAGUUAAAGUUCUCCACAAUCUGCCUCUAACUUCCUCGUCCAGCCUUGUUUUCUUUUAUAUUAUCCUCUCUGAAUGCACCCUGUGUUCCAGACACACAGGACAACCAGUUUGUUCUCCAAAUUUGACAUUCUGUUACUUCUGUGGUUUGUCCACGCUAUCUCCUAUGCCUGGAAUAUAUUCCCUUCUCAUUUCUGCCUUUCAGAAUCUUUCAAGGCUUUAGUUCGGGUACCACCUUUGACAUUUUCCCUCAUUUAUCCAUCUGAAAAUGAUCCCCUCCCUGGCAUGUUUGCAUCUUUUCUUUGUUCCUGUCACACCUGACUUCAUGCUUUCCCAUUCACAUGUUGUAUUCCCCCUGGCUCAAUGUGUGUCCCCUGAGCAAAACAGUCUAUCUCUGUUGCCUCUACUUUACACACUAAAGUUAAAUGUCUGUUGAAUUAUGUUGUUUUAUUUCAACAGUUAAUUCCUAAUAAAUCUGGGGUUUAUCUUGAAUGCAGCUUAAGUACCUUUUUUAUUAAAAGCACAGUACCUGAGUUUUUAAAAGAUCUUACUCUGAAAACAAGAGAUAAUAUAUACAAUUCUUUUAAUUUAUAUGAAUUUUUCUACUAGAUUCUGUACAAACAAAAUCAGCCACAUUUCAAGUGAUAUUAAAAUACAGAAUGCCUCCGAUAGUCCUAAAAAGGCAUUCUCUCUGAACAAAUACUGAGAAUUUUAUUUAUUAUACUUGUAUCUGACAUAUAGCAGGUGCUUAAAUGCUUAUUGAUCGAGAAGCAACAUAGGGAAAACUGACAAUGACAACAUCAAUUUGUAUAAAAAUUUUGAAAGGUUUGUUCAUGAAAUAAAUAUAAAUAUAAAUGAGCUGGAAGACAGACUAGUUGUUUUUUUUUAAUUGUUAUCCUGUCUUGACCCUACUGUGGAAGGUUGUGUAGAGGCAAGGUAGCACAAUGUCUGAUACACAAAAAAAAUCUACAGUGAAAUAAAAGCAUAUCCAGAAUCCCUACCUUCUAUUAUACUAUUGCUAUCACAGAUUGUUCUUUAUUUAUGACCUUCAUAUGGAAGAUUGACAUGAAGGAAUUCCCAUAAUUAACCCAAAUGCAACUAUGUUAGCUACUUAUUAUGCCCAAAUAAUAGUUAAAUUAGAUAUGGGCAUUAUAUGUUACUUUGUUUUUUUUAUUUCAACAUAGUCCUCUAUUAAUACAUAAUGUAUGGUAAGGUCAAAUAUGAUAGGUAGCUUUGAAAUCAGUAAGGCCUAGAUUCAGAUCUCACCUUCAACCCAAAUUAGCAUGUGACCAUAGGCAAACCCUAUUAAUCUCUCAGUACCAUAAUCAAUUCUUUUAAUAAAUGACAGUUGUACAUUUCCAUCAGUGGAAGGAGUUUCUAUAUCAAAUUUCAUAUAUUAAAUCACUAGGUUUUUAAGAAGUCAAAUAUAGUAGAACCCUGUUAUAACAUUAAUGUUGAAAUUUAUAUGGAUAACCUAUACUAUAUAGCUUUUCCUUGUUAUGGUAAGGCUAUUACCAAGUAAAUGCAAAGGAUAUAUAUAGCAUAGCCAAAUCUUUAGAAUAGCAAGACAAUUUACUGUGGGAUUUUAUUGUAUGUAUGCCUCUCAGAUGUUUUUAAAAAUUUGUAAUUUGGUACCUGAUGGUUCUAUAAAUUAAUAAAAAUGGUAUUUAAGAUAUUUUUAAAGAGCCCUUUUCUCAUACAAUAUUAUUGUUUAUCACUUCAAAAUUGGUUAGUUAUGUAAAACAAGAUGUGAUUUUGUAUGUCCAGACUGAUAAUGUUUUGUUGGUAACAACUUUUUUUGUUUUUUUAAACCUUUACCUUCCGUCAAUACUGUGUAUUGACUCCAAGGCAGAAGAGUGGUAAGGGCUAGGCAAUGGGAGUCAAGUGACUUGCCCAGGGUCACACAUCUGGGAAGUAUCAGAGGCCAGAUUUGAACCCAGGGCCUCCCGUUUCUAGGCCUGGCUCUCAAUCCACUGAGCCACCAGCUGCCCCCAGUAACAAAUUUUUUUUUUAUAUCUAAUGUUUUUUUUCCUCCUAGAAAAAACUAUUCUCUGCAUCUGUAAAUAUUAAAAGACUGUAUAGGGACAGACCCUUCAGUUUAAAGUUGUUACUCAACUGCUAGAGCUACAUUUGGAAAGGACUGCAUUUGCUAACACCCAACAGAUUUUUCUAAACUUAUUCUUAUAGAACUUAAACUUUUUGGCUUCUUAAUCAAAAUAAUUCACUUAUUCUGAAUAUAUACAAAUAGUUUAUACACACACACACAGAAUAUGGCAUGCUCCAAAUUUUAAGAUAACUUUACAGAAUGAUUGGAAUGAUUUAUUGUGGGAAAUUGAAGGCUUUAAGAAAAAGUCACGCUGAAUAAUGACCAAUGAAUGGAAAAUAUGGAACCAUUCAACAGAGAAAUAAUGAUUUUUGGAUGGAUUCAAUGAAGAAAAUAGGAUACAGUGAUUUAGUGAAAUGAAAAGAAACAAGAAUGAUAUAAUCACACUUGAAGAUAUAAUUGACAGGUCUGAUCUAUGAAACCAUCCCAAACCAUUUUAUUUGGUCAAUUUUCCUUUGUCCUAAAACAUUCUUGAAUUUUCUUUUUACUAAAAAGAAUUAGAUUGCAGCUAUCAACUCAUUGUCACAAAGCAAAUUAAAUGUCAGGGUCAUUGGUGUGAGAUAUUAAGUUGCAUUUGUGGUCAAGAGUGACAGACUGUAUUUUCUUGCCUUCUCAAGGAGAGGUAGAAGGGAUAAAGGGAGAGACUGUAGAACUGAAAAUUGUUUUAACAGUGAUGUUUUAGUCAUGCUAAUAGUCCAUAUAAGAGUAAAUAGGUAAAAGAUAAAUUAGCAUUAUAUUUUUAAUAUAACUGCUAGAUGGUUUAAAAAUACAAAAAUGAAAACUAGAUAAUUCCUGUUAUUCUUAAUGCAAUUUUUUUGUCUAAAGGGAAAUGUGGUAAGGGAAGAUUUUUUAAAAUUUGUAAUCAAAUGUAGCUUUAAUUUUUCAUCUAAUGGAAGUUAAAUCAAGAUGAUAUUAACAAUCAAGGCUUUGGACAAUGAGCAUCAUGAAUGGAGCACAUAUAUCUAUGUGAAUCUUGAUAUAUAUAACAUACAAAGCUAAAAAGCCAUGGAUUUGGUUGUAUUUUCGGAAUUAAGCAGCAAAAUUAGGCAAAAAUUGCAUGCCUAUCUUUUUACAUUUAAAAUUAAUCACAUUUCUAAUCCAAAUACUGUAUUUGUUAUCAAAUAAAGUUAGCAUUUUGGUAA